GUGGCAGUGGCUGAGACAACCCCGUUACCGGCCACCGUUAACCCGUGUAACUGAGCUCCGAUCAUACUCAAGAUCCACAUCUCAUGGUAAAGAUUUCCCUAGAGGACAUCGCGUCUUCUUCGCGUCUCUGCAGCCGAAAUCAAAGAGGACAUUUGCCCAAAGUAAACUUUUAUAAGAACACAGAUUCAUACUGGAUGACGCCAAAGUCAGAAGAUGCUUUGUGUGUCUGAUGAGCGCAAAAUCUGCCAGUCAAAGUCCGUCAGUCAGAGCUUGGCACAUGAAGGAGUACCUGUGAUGAAGAAACCCGCAAGAAGCUCCACGCGGUAAGAAGUGGAAGAGUGCUGUUCAGAGAGAAAGAUCAGACAGAGGAGAGUGGAGGCCAAAGAACAAACACCAGCGCGUCCUCAAAUGAUGGGGAUAAAGCACCUUCUGCUUCUUUUGAUUUACUUAGACCCGCUGAAUGUCCUGUGCGCCGUCACCGCCAACAAAAAGAACAAAAUCUCGAAUAAGAGGACCCCAAAGUUGAAGGAGGUCAACGGCAGCACCACCGCGGUCCCGCUGGCCGCGGCCGUCCCGGGGAGGAUCACCCAGGUCCAGGCUCCCACGGUCCAGCACGACACCUGCCUGGGCUACUACGACGUGAGCGGGCAGUACGACAAAGAGUUCAGCUGCAACAACACCGACCACCGCUUCUGUUGCGGCAGCUGCUUCCUGCGCUUCUGCUGCGCGGACCGGGGGAAGCGGCUGGAGCAGAAGAGCUGCACCAACUACAACACGCCGGACUGGAUCAAAACCCAGCCCCCUUCACCGGCGCCAACAGGUGAUACCUACGACCCGGAGCUGGACCAGACCAACACCACGGUGUACAUCAGCUGCGGGGUCGUAGCGCUCGUCAUUGCCAUUGGGAUUUCUGCUAAAGUUGCCUAUGAUAAAGCCACCAAGCCCCCUCAGGAAAUGAAUGUGCAUAGAGCCCUGGCAGACAUUCUGAGGCAACAAGGACCAGUUCCAAUAUCUCAGUAUGAACAUGAAAACAUUGCAGCGAUUGAUGGGUCACCCAAAGACGAGACGCCGGUCAGAACCUCGAAGAAUCACUACACACCUGUUCACGCCAAGGCAUCAAACCACGGGCACUAUGGCAAAGAAAACCUGCGCAGUGGAGGUCAAGACAUGCACAACUUCAUCUCCUCUGGGUUUGUGACACUCGGACGAGGCCACUUGAAAGCGCAGCACUCCAUAGACGAAUCGGGGCAGAUGUCCUGGCAGGGCGAUCUGGACAUCCCCAUGUCCUACGGAAACCACCACCAUGACUUCCAGCACAGCCACCUGGAUCUGACUGCGCUCACACCUAAACUGGCCCACAGACAAAUGAGAUACGAGAGACCCCAGCGGAUGAACAACAUCCUGACCUCAGCCACGGAGCCCUACGACCUGUCCCUGUCCAGAUCCUUCCAGAACCUCAGCCAUCUGCCGCCCUCCUACGAGCUGGCCCUCAAGUCUGACUUAAGUAAAUACUCCUCCUCUCUCCACAGAUUAAGUGAUAAGGACAUAGAUGAAUACUACACGAGGAAGCAUCAUCAUUCUGACUUUGGUGGCCGGGGACCAACCCAUAUGGUGAAGCUGAACGCGGAUCCCCAACAGCACCAGCAGCGCCAGCGUCCCCGACGAGUCCAGAGGGCCAUGUCCCAGGACCACGUCUUGUCUCCUCCCAGGACGCCACGUCGUGGAGAUUACGGCUUAUCUUCAUACGGCGUCAUGGCGGCUGCCGCAUACAGCAGCAGCCGGCACCUCUCAGAGGAGCAGCUACUGUCAGCAGACCGCCUCCACUCCCAGGAUCCCUUGCUGUCCCCGGCGAUGAGGCGUGACAAGUUCCGGGAGAAGGCGAUGGCGCGGGCUAUGUCUCAUGCCGACAUGCUAAUGCCCGUCACGCCCGUCAUGGACCGCCACAAGAUGACCAAGAUGCACUCUCAACCCAGUGCCUCUAACGACUCCUACAACACGCUGACGGUCAACCACCAAGCAUCCACGUCUAAGAGGCAGGCGUUUGCCAACCGACGAACACACACGGUGGACCACCUACAGUACAUUCCUGGCCACCACCACACAUACCGCACUGCCAGUAAGAAUGAAGUAACGGUUUAACCGCAGACUGGUUAGCUGAAGGAUACCUGAAACACAUCAUUGACGUCAACAGAAAUCUCCAAAAUCAGCAAGUCUCCUCAGCAGAGGUGUUCUGUCUUCUACUUAAAACAACCUCCUACAUUAAAACUCUUCCUGCUUUUUAGCACAAGCUUCCUGUGUCAUCCAGAAUCAACCCCAGCAAAGACAUCUCUCUCUUAGAGCAUCAUAAGGGCUUUGCGCGUUGACACAGAGGGAUCCUUCAUGCCAGACGUUUGACAGCCUGAAGAAAAUAUUUUUUAAACUGGACAUGGGACUGGAAGGGAAUUGUAUCAACUUUAUAAAUAUAUAAAUAUACUAUAUUUACUAUUUGUAUUUUCAGUCCUUGUUAUAGCUUUAGAGAUUCUCAUUGACUGAUGUAAGCACUUCAAGUGGUGCCUCUUGAAAUUGUCCCAUUUCAACGAUGAAGUGGAUUUGUGGGUUAAAAAGCACAAUUAAUGAAUUCCCUUUUUUUUGUUGGGUUUAUUUUACUCUUCUUCUUUGGUAAACGGCCAGGACAUAUCAGCUUAUUAGUGAAAACAGAGGCUAUUUCUGUUGCAUACAAUAGAUGAUUGUAAAUAGGCUAUGUUAGCAGCAUUAAAACAAGAAAAGCUGGCCCUUUGACAUUAUUGUUUUAUUUUCUCCCACCUGGAAUCUAUCAUAGAUUCUCAAUAAAUAAUUUUAAUUUUAGAUAAGGCAAAGAUCCCAAAUUGAUAUUAUUUCCACAGAUGUCUGCAAAAUAUGUGGAUGUAAUAUGUAUAUGGGGAGUAUUUUUUCUUUUUUUAACUGUGCUUGUAGCAUAGAAUUAUUGUGUAUGAAACAACCUCUCACCACCGUCGAAUGGCAGCUUCAGUCUGCAGACGUAAAUCCACAGGUGAAACUGGAGCCUGGUGGUUGUUUAAAUUAGCUUAAUUUCUGUUCACACAUCUCCUUUGCUUUGUCAUCCACGAGGAUGACCCUACCCGCCCACUCUGCUCGGUUUGUAAUUGGCCAGCUGCUUCCAUCUUUACAUAUCAGGUACUUGUUGUGUGGGAACUAAGGGGGGAAUAGGUUGAGUUGUAGUUUUGUGUUGACUGAAACAAUCAGUACUAAAGAGGACGUCAUAAUCGCUAGUCAGUCGAGCAUUAAUUAAAACUGUGAACAGUUUGUCCAGAUGUUUUCAUUAAAGCAAUGCCUUAUCAUGGAAUCCCAUGUGCUCUUAAUUGAACAAUCAUGCUUUUGUCACAUCUCGUUGUCUUAGCUUUUUGUGCAAUAUUACUGAUUAUAGUUUACCAGCAGAACCAGCAGUAAAAACCUGUACAGUGAUAGAUGAUACAGUACAUAUACCUCAAAAACACUAAAUUCAAUGAAAGUGGUCUCAAACUUCAAAGGUAAACAAUCAUUACAUACUAGAGGUUUCUAUUGGAAAUUUGUUACAGUAAUCACAUUACCUAAAUUAGCUUUGUUGAAGGUUUAUGGGCUCAUAAGUGUGUAUAAAGAUCUUAUGUUCUCAGCUGUUCAGUCGGAUGAACUGGAGAGUAGAGGUCUUCAUGGGUUCAUUUGGUUUCUACUCAUCAAAGCCUCGUUUCCACCAAGCAGUCUGGUUCAGUUCAAUUCGUUACACAUUAGAACGGUUAGCGUGUUUUUCCAUCGUUGAGAAUUGUAGAUGGUACCUAAAGAACAGUUCCAUUCUGUCCCGUUUUUUUUGUCACCUCUCUGUUGAGGGAUCUAGCACACUGAUCCAACACUAAAAGGUGUAGCUGGAAACACUAGUUCCUUGUUUGGUCAUGAGAAAAUGUACACUCUUGCUCUAAGGACUCAUUGUGCAGAGUCGCUAUUUUUAAAUAUUCCAUCAAUUGCAACAGAGACCCCAAACACUCCAGCCUAUUCUUGUUUGUUCUGAAAAUGUCUACAUACAACCCUGUUUAGCACGGUGCUGACGUUCCUCUGCAUUGCCUGUGAAGAGAAAAUACAGCAAGUGCUGGAGAGAGCAGUGACAUAUCAAGUAAUAACCCCACCUAUAUUUAAGAGUACUGUCUUAGGUGGAAACACUUACAGAUCCAGGGUUUUGUUUAAUCCUCAUAUGGGAUUUGUACCCGUUCUAAGGGUACUAUACCUAAAGUGUUUGGUGGAAACGCGUCUUGAGACACAAACCAGAAACAUCCAGGCAGGGUCUCGAUCUGUUUGUCAAUAUGCUUAAUCAAGACCAUUUCAGUCCCAAAUUCUGAAAUAUAUGUCCAGAUGAGUAAAUCCCAAGGAAAAACACUGAAGACCCAAGUUUUUUAAAGAUGAAUUGUGAAUUGGUUUGGGUAGCUCUUCUACAAGCACACUGCUAAUCGUGUCCAAAAUUUUCGACCUGUGAAGACCUCUACUGAAGAGUCCAAAAACGUUGACAGUAUGUAUGUUUAUAGUCAAACAGUUUGAGGGUCAAAAAAGGGUCUUUAGUAAGAAAAUAUUUGUGUUUCUUAGACUUGCACUGUCCAUUCCCAAAAUGGCAAGAAUGAUCAAAGUUGUGGGUGUCUCUUAGUGAUAACAUGAAUCAGAUUAUAACUUGACCUUACUGUAGAAGUAAAACAUCAGGAACAUUGCUGUUUCUAUGAUCAGAUAUUUGAGUUGUAUGCUACUGUAUAUAAAGACUUGUUACGAUGUUAUUUGUAUUUGGAACUGUCUUUUUUCAAUGGCAGGAGAGCAAUGUCUCAUUACUCAUAAAUCCAUAUUUAUGUUGAAAUGUGCUCAUGUCUUGUUGCACAUUUUUUCCUAAGUUGGCUGUCUUUAUGGGAUUUUUUUUAAUGGUGAUGACCUUGUAGGGACGUGGGAAGUCGGCCAAAUGAGUUCAACAAAUUCAUUUCUUUAACUUAUUUUAAACUUGAUGUGCUACUUUCCUUUUUAAUGCCAGGUCUGUAUUAAAUGAUGUCAAUUAGAGAUUGUCUUUUUUUUCCCUAAAAUUAUUGUCUUUGUACAUAUGAUAUGAUUUUUUUUCCUUUCCUUGGAGAGUGCUUGCAGGUAAUGAAGUAUAUUUGAUAGCUAUGGGUGAGGGGGGGUGUUAAUUGUUCAGUAGACCGCUUCAGACAGAUAUCUGUACCCUUCCACCUCGCUCAUCUAAUUUUCACAAACUUCUUUUCACUUAAUUAAUAAUGAUGUCAUCCCAAGAGCCUUUUUAUCAAUGUGCAAUAUUUCCUGUUCAUGCAGCAUAACUCUAUAGCCACUUUUAAACUGUUGUGAGGUUCAUUUGCUGCCAUAAAGGCUUUGUUGUCCUUUUCAAUUAGGGCUAGUUGUCUUUCAUAGUCAGAGAGAAGGGUUUUUUUUAUAAUACAGCUAAAUGUGGAAUGAAUGAAACAGGUGUCUGUGUAAUUGCACAAAUAACUGGAGACUAAUUUAAAGGCUUCAAAACAACAUAAUAUGACUGUUCUUGUGCAUUUUCUGUUUGUUUACAGACUAUUAAAGCACAUCAUGUGUUGUAA